ACGCCCCUUUAUUGGUGAUGUCACAUCUUGUUACGCCAUUUUUGUUGGGGAGCAGUCGUGUCAAGAAAAGGAGAUUAGAUUCAGUACAGGUAUCUCGUAUAUUCAUCUCUUCGAGUUGUCCGCAAGAAGGACACUUGCUUGUCCAUCACCCUCACACAAUGUCGUCAGAAAACCUACACUCGGACACUCAGGUGGACUACGAGGACGAAAAACAGGACUCCCAGGAGAAGAAUGCAAACCCUGUGAAAUCAGAGGAGGCCAAGCUGAAAGCAAAGUACCCCAGCCUGGGCCAGAAGCCCGGCGGCUCAGACUUCCUGAUGAAGAGACUACAGAAAGGGCAAAAGUACUUUGACUCAGGAGACUACAACAUGGCCAAGGCUAAGAUGAAGAAGCUUCCCGUGGCAGGGCCCGACAACAACCUGGUGACCGGCGACCACAUUCCCACGCCGCAGGACCUGCCCCAGCGGAAGUCCUCCUUGGUGACCAGCAAGCUAGCCGGCUAGCCUCCAUCAUCCUAGAAGCGCCCUCACGGCCCCUGGGGCUCCCGUCAAAUGUCCCUCCUCCUCACCCACGCGUCCCCAAUGUGUCCAUCCCCUCCCCUGUCUUCUGUUUUUAUCUCAAGGCACCACUGGCUUUAACAUGUCGGGCAGAGUUGUAUAAGUUAAAACUCCAUUUGCUUGUAUGUGGGUGGGGCGGGGUGGGAGGGAUGGGAGGGAUGGAGGUUUAGGUGGCCCGUGAGGCCGCAGCCUUCUCUGCCUUCCCACCACGCACAGCUCUGCCCCCUCUGCGCACUCUGCUCUGCCGCCACCCGUAUGUCUUGGUUUUUGGUGUUCCAAGAUGCAUCACAGUAGGUGUGUCAUCAGGCAGGGGUUGGAUGGGGGGAGUUAAUGCACUUUGUAGUCUGUAUAGUAGGCUUUGUUCUUUUUUUUUUUUUGCAUCCUAAAUGACACCAAAAUAAUUUGUUUAAGGGAGUUAGGAACCACGAUGGACGUGCAGCCAUUUUUUUUUUUUUUUAUAUGUUCCCUGUCUAUGCUGGUGGCUGGCUUCGGCGGGAGGGGUUUGAAAGAUGUGUGUGAAUAAUGGCUUGCAUACCAAAUACGUGAGGGGCAGCUGCCUCUAGCUCGUUAGCAUUCACGGGCAUCGCAUUGGGAAAUGAGGGAAAUUAAUGGAGGCUCCCUUUCAUCUCAUCCUUCAGCCCACCUUUCGUCGAACAAAAACCCCGAGGUGAUCUGCUGCAGCUCAGCCAAACAGGACCCCUCCUCUCUGUUAAUGUUAAUGCUUUAAUUCUUGACUCCAGUCGCUCCUGUUCCCUCUAAAUAUGCUGCAUGAUUGUAACAUGUAACAAAAAAGAAAUGUAACGUGUUUUUUUUUUUUUUAAACGGGAGUGGGGCAUCAGCUUAGUAAUAGGAAGUAUCAAAACACACGGAGCCCUAAAACGUCCACAGUCACACUUCCUUCCUUCCUUCCUUCCUGCAUUUCCCUUUUCGCUGUCCCGACAAUCCAUGUAAACACACUCCUGUAAGCAACCCAGGGCAGGAUCCAGCUGAGUAUGUCCUUGUAUUAUUUUUGUUGGCUGGGGUCCUUGCCGAUCUCUGAGUUCAGUUGGUCGCUGUUGAGGUGCAUCAAGACGUGUGUUUACUACGCGCCUAAAAGAUUUGUGGGGUUAUUGAAGCACCCUGCAUAGAGUAUAUGCUUCUGUAAAUAAUACACAACCACGCACGUAACGUGAUAAUCUUGCUGCUUUGAGGACCAGACCAGCUAACAUGCCCGAGAGAAAUGUGUAGUGCUAAAUCGACUCACUUACAUCCUGGGAUUUCUGGCUUGGACAUGAUAUGCUUUACCAACGGAGCCAAAUUUCAUACUGCCGCUCUCCGACUCAGAGGGCCGUGUGGACCUUGAAAAGUGAUGUGACUACACUUGCCAGUCAUCUUUGAAACCCGCAUCCAAAACAUCACUAAAGUUUUUAGGGUUUUAGUGUCACACGCAAACACUUGACUAGACUGCUAUGUCCGAUCACGAAAGUCCAAUUUAAAAAGACAAAAAUAUCAACAGUCAUAGACUUUGUAGUUGUGUCCGACGAUGGAACAUGUCCUGUGAAAAUAGUUAUUUUAGACAUUUAGGACACACCAAAACAAAUAUUCUUCUUCUAGCUGCUUGUUAAAGCUAAACAUUGUGUUGUUCAUUUAACACGUCCAGAAUAUAUAUCACAGCCAGACGCAGUGGUUCCCUUGACAUCUUGCCCUCUUUGGCAAUUGACGUCGUGAAACACUAACUUAAAGGUCCAAUGUGUAGGAAUUUGUCCCCUCUAGCAUUGAGAUCAUAUAUCGCAAUCAACUCUUUCGCACCAUGCAGUUCAAAGUACGUAUUACAGCUACAGUAACCGUUACGCUUCACUUUUCAAUGUCUUUUUUUUCUUUUCUGGGCGAAGAAGAAGACUUCAUGUUUCCGUCUUCAAAGUUGCCGGGGCUGGUAAGCGCCGGUACCCAUUGGCAGCGCCUGUGAGUUUAUCUUGUGACAGCGAAAACACGAAAGACAAGGCAGUAUGUCCUGAAUGUCCAUUACCGGCUGACAUAUUUCAAGCUGGCGCAUGAAUAGGAAGCGUCUACCCCAGUUUAUACAAAUGUAAAUGUACAAUUUGUUUAUUUUUUUAAAGAUAAUUUUUGGGGAAUUUUAGGCCUUUUUUAUUGACAUGAAAGGGGGGGGGGGGUCAUGAUAUGCAGGCCGGAGUCGAACCUGGGCCCGCUGCGUAAGAUAUGUACAAUUUCAAGCCAGUAUGAAUAUAUAGGAAUACUAAUUGAUGGUGGUGGUACAUAUUAAACACGUUACACACUGGACCUUUAAGUAAAAGACUAAUACUACUCUACUUCCCUUAAACCUUAGCUGGAGUGUAGCCCUGCUUUUCCUACCAGCGCCCUGUGGAACAGUGUUUUCUUCCCAAACUGACAUGCUCCACAGACUGAUCUCUGAUCUCAGGGGUGUCAGAGGGUAACCCGCAGGCAGCCUGGUAACAACAGGUGUCUGCCCAGCUCCCCAGAUCGUCAUCGCGGGCUUAAAGUGGGACACUGCAUGUCUGCAGGAUGCACUCACUCCCACACUUGGCAAAGCAGAGCGAGAUUUUCUAACAAAUGGUGCGGGUGGGGCAAAGUGUGAGCGCACGCUCUGCCCUUGAAUCCCACCUGUUAACGUGGUUCAACCUCUGAAAGAGGGGAAUGAUGCGAUCAGCAAAUCUGCAGACUUGGAGUGUGUGCCAUCCACACAUUUCACGAUUUUGAGCUGGACGCCGGCGCUCGCUGAGAUUCAGCCUCCUUGUAUAAAACUGCUUCAGGGAACCUUCACAAACGCACACUCCACCAUGUAGGCUAGGUGAUAGGGUGCAUGCCCCAUCACAUUCUCCUCCUCACCUCCUUUUUGCAUUGAGACUUUUAAAUGUGUCAAAUUAGCAGUGGGCGAAAGAGAACUGACCUGUACGUAUGUCCUAGUUACGGUGUUGUGUGAAUGCACUGCUUUUUCUCUGUUCCAGCCAUUGUAAAUAGACUUCAAAAGGAAGGGAUCAUUGUGUUGUAUCCCACCUGCUUUUAACGCUCUCAUAGUCUGAGCUAUUCUCUGAGUCAAUGGUUCCUCUCUCCUUUCAGUUUAACACUACGUCUGCUCUGUCUUAGUGAAUUGCAGAGACUAUGUGAAUCUGUAUCAUAUGAAAAUAUGUGUAAAUGCUGCUGACUCAGUCAAAGACAAAUCUUAGGAGAUGUUCCCCUGUAAAGGACACCUGUCCUCUUGAUUCUACCAGGUUCUCCCAGAGUAUCUCUGUUUCAGAGUCCUAUAGCUCCUGUGGCAAAAAUCCAUUCAGUUGAUAUCAAUUCUACCACUUCAUUUUAAGACGCAUUGGUUGUUUUUGAUCGGGCCCGAGCCAGAAAUGUCUGGAACGCUUUUGUCACUUUGCUUGACAAGAACAGACCAUUAAGCAUCCUAUCGUGUUUAAAAGCCUAAAGUUUCCUGCUUUAAAAAAAGUUUGCUAAAAGAAAUGGGUGAAUAAGAAUAAUGUCCAAUGAAACGACCAUGGACAGAAGUUCUUGAAUGCAACUUGAUGUUGGGCUUUGCGCCGAGCGGUUCAACGAGAGGAAAUAGCAGGGUACGUCGUCUCCCACCCAACACACAGGGUGUCUCUCGUUGAGCCAGAAUGUAUAAAGGAAUGACCGGCUGUGUGCUCUCAAGUACUUUUGUGCAGCUUUUACCUUAUCUGUUUUCUUGUUGUUUUACAAGUAAAUGUUUCUUCUUCUUUUUUUUCACGUGUUUUCCUACUGCAUAUUAAGUAUAUUUCAGCCUAGCCCAAGAUAACUGCAGGGAAACCAGAGGCACCCUUGCUUCCAAGAAGAUAAUAAAUAAAUAAGGGUUUACAUGAUAAAGAGGAUGACUGGAGAACACUUUAAGACUUCAGAAAGUACAGGAAUACUUGGAAUGUUUCAGUUGUGUGGGAGUAGGUGAGAGGAUUUUUGUCAGUAUUUGAAAUAAACUUUUACAUUAAUAAGA